CUCCGCGCGUCCAUGCAAAUACAUAAAUGAAAGCACGUUGUGCCCCUGUACCCCCCCCCGCCCCCUCCUCCCGGCUGAGAUCAUGUGAUGGUGAAGAAGUGGCCCAUUGAUGAAGCACCUCUCCGCGGGUCUUCCUGUUCAUGUCACCGCCGUCAGCAGGCAGACGGGACAGACCGGAGAGCACAUGGAGGAGGCAGCAGCCGCCGCUUAGCGCAGCUCAACACGGGCAGGUGGAAGAGGGGACUCUCCCCCAAACCAAACAAGGACCAGAGGAGGAACCAGCCUCCACUUCUUCCACUUUUACUUAACUUCAGGACGAAGUUACGGCUAGAGACGAGCGCGUAAAAGACGAGACAAUGCGUGCCAAAUACAAUUGUCUUCGUGCGUAACGGUGUUUUCAAUAGUAAGAACUGUUUGGACAAAGUUUGCGAGUAUUUUCUGCUCUCUGAAGACGGGUGCUCGACUCAGCUGAACAAUGCCUCGUCCUGGGAGGAAUACCUACAGCGAUCAAAAGCCGCCGUACUCUUACAUUUCCCUAACGGCCAUGGCCAUCCAGAGCUGCCCGGAGAAGAUGCUCCCUCUCAGUGACAUUUACAAGUUCAUCAUGGACCGGUUCCCGUACUACCGGGAGAACACACAGCGGUGGCAGAACUCCCUUCGGCACAACCUUUCCUUUAACGACUGCUUCAUCAAGAUCCCCCGCAGACCAGAGCAGCCCGGUAAGGGCAGUUUUUGGGCUCUGCACCCGAGCUGCGGGGACAUGUUUGAGAACGGAAGUUUCCUGCGGCGCAGGAAGCGCUUUAAAGUCGGCGGCAUGUUGGUAUCGGACUCGCUGGCUCCCAGCAAGCCACAGGACACCACCCACUACCUGCAGCAGCAGGCCAAGCGGCGGCUCAGCGCUCUGCACGCCGCCGCACACCUCCCGCAGGUGGCGGGUGGAUAUAACCUGAGUCCCGUGUCGCAGCCCUCCAGCUUCAAGCACCCGUUUGCCAUCGAGAGCAUCAUCGCCAGGGACUAUAAGAUGCCGAGCGGGCUGUCGGCGUUCUCUACCGCUGGGUACCCGCUCCACAACCCGCUGACCCCGACCUGGCAGCACAUGUACGGCUCCGGGAUGAUGGAAAGCGCAGCUCCCAUCUCGAUGGCCAGCGACUAUUCAGCCUACGGCAUGCCGCUGAAGUCCAUCUGUCAAGCCGGACAGACUUUACCCGCCAUCCCGAUGCCCAUCAAACCCGCCCCCGGAUCUAUGCCGGCCCUUCCGGGGAUGCCCGCUCACCUGCGCGCUUUCCUGGCUAACUCUCCUCAGUCUCUCAGCCCCACCUCCCCUCGGACAGCCACCGGCCAAAGCAGCCCGCUUGUUCCCGAAGAGGAACUGUCGUCCUCUGCCUCCACGGGGCUGCCGACCGUGGUGUCUGUGCACUAACGGGAUGUUAGUUGACUCUUUAAAACUAUUAGAAUAUCUUUUUCUGAAAAUAUUUGAUCCAUCACAACUACGAUGCUGAACACACGAAGAAACGGCUGAGUGACCUCUGACCUUCAGCAAACAACCAAACAUAGGGAUCCAUAUUUCCCAUGAACUCUCAUUCAUCUUCAUGUUUUCCGAACUAGUUUUUUUGGGGUUUCACAUUCCUCCACAGCGGACUGACUCCGGGUUAGCGGCGUUUUUUGUACCGUGACAAACUAUCCAGAUCUUUUGUGUUGGAAUCCUUUUCUUCUCAAGCUGAAUGAGGACUCUCAGAUUAAUGACUCUGAGAUUUGGUUCACUUCAGCUUCUCUGCGGUUUCUCUCAUAGAAAAGGAACUUCCUCCUUGUGGAGAAGUAUAAUUGUUAAAUAGUUUCAGAAAACUCAGAAUGAAAAAGGCAAAUACUAGGUCAACAAGACUCUUUUUCCUUUUCUAAAUCCUUUUUUUAAAUAAUCGAUAAGAACAAUCGCAGAAGAGAAGAUCAAAUGAGACUUUAAAUGAUAUAUUUAUGUCACAGGUUCUGCAUAUUUAAAUAUAAUAGCACAGGCGGUUGACUCACUUUUUAAAGACGUUAUUGUCAUGCUGUGUUUUUUCUGCUGCAUGCUCCCUCUGUCUGAACACUGGUGCUUCUGUGUGUGUAACGUGGUGUUUGUGACUGAUGAACGGCGCCGCAGGCUUUGAUGCCCUGCAUCUUCUUUGCUGCUCAAGAUGCAUUAAAGAAUCUCCCUGAGAAAAUACAUGG